AGAGGCAGGGCCCCCGCCAUGGAGAGCGGGAUGCCGCUGACGGGCGGGCAGCGAGCGCUGAUCCGGGAGAGCUGGCGGCGGGUGAGCAGCAGCCCCGAGCAGCACGGCCUCGUCCUCUUCACCAGGUUGUUUGACUUGGAUCCUGACCUGUUGCCCCUUUUCCAGUACAACUGCAAGCAGUUUGCCAGCCCUCAGGAGUGCCUCUCUGCCCCUGAGUUCCUGGAUCACAUCAGAAAGGUGAUGCUGGUGAUUGAUGCUGCUGUGAGCCACCUGGAGAACUUGUCUUGCCUGGAAGAGUAUCUCUGCAACCUUGGCAAGAAGCACCAGGCAGUUGGUGUGAAGACCGAGUCUUUCUCGACUGUUGGUGAGUCCUUGCUGUACAUGCUGGAGAAAUGCCUUGGCACUGCCUUCAGCCCAGAGGUGCAGGAGGCUUGGAGCAAACUCUACAGUGCUGUGGUGAAAGCCAUGCAGCGCGGCUGGGACACCCACCCAGAAGGGGACUAGAUCUUGCCAGCCAUCCCCAUCCCUGACCAUGCAGCAGUCCUGAGCACAGGGAGCACUCACGCCACACUCUGCCUCUCCCCACCUGUCUCUCUCUGUGCACCAGCCCAUUGCUGUCUUCACUAGUCACUUGUGCUUUGGGGCUCUCACAGUGAUUCAGCCUUGCUUCAACACAUCUCCGCCUUUGCUAAGGGCUGGCAGGGUAUGUCCCUGAAGUGAGGCCUGGGUGUGCAGCAGCACAGGUAUGCCACUCUGUCCCAAGUUCCUUUGGGCUAGUUGGAGCACCAACACCCAUGUACCUACUCUGGUUUUUAGCUGGCUCAUCUUCCUUCCUCUAACUACCCACCCUAGUUAGGUGACAGCUGGCAUAGGCCUCUUGGGCUUAUUUGCCCGAGGUCCUAUUUGCUGUGCCUGUACUUGCCAGGUCUGGCACUGCUCGCUCCUCCUGCGCUGCUGUGUCUGGUCCAACUGUGGCAGUGAUGGAUUUGGCUCCCUCCAGGGGCAGGGGCAGAGGCAGCAGAGGUGAGGGCUGGUCACACCAUGAGGCUUUUCCCCCUUUCCCUUCACCAACACAUCACUAACAGAUGGUUAAUCCUGGUGCUCUCUUCAGUCUUGCCUCUGCCCUAGAUGGGAUCCAUGGUUUUCCUUGUGUCAGGUUUGCCACAACUCAGUAGGUUUCCUAGGGAUGAUUCAAGCAGUAGUGUCACAUUAGUCUGGGCUGCCAGCUGAAAGGCUUUGUGUUGGUUUGUCCAGUUGGUUUAACCUUAGAGCCACCUGAAAUGCAGCAGCAGUGUCUGUUUACUGCUUUGUGUUGAGGAGAAUAAAAUAAAUACAAGGCAAAGAUGUCUUAAAAUAAAAAUGAAGGUUGCAAUCAUGUCAUGGCAACAGCUUCCAGAAAUUCUGGCUCUUGGCCAGAGGAAGCAUAGCUGGAAUCUUUCUGCUGAUGCUGUCAGAACCUGGAGUGCUUCCCAGCUGCACGCAGUACCCAUGUGCAGAGUUCCUCACCCUCACAGGAAUGAGAAGAUAGCAUCUGCCAGAAGAAAUCCCAGAAAAUGGCUGAGAAGCAGUACCUGAGGGCUCUGGGGGAAGCUGAGCUUGAGCACUUUAAGGAAGUGUUCAUCUUUAUGUGGAAGUCACUGUGGAACAGGCAGAACCAUGUUUCUAGCCAUCACCAGCCCCAGAGCAAGUACAUGGAGCAAUUUUUCAGUUACAGGGGGAUGGACAGGAGGAGUCUGGUGUUGAGGGCUGAGAUGGUCCUGUUCUGGACACACAUUCCUCCAAUACUCAGAUAUCCUCCAGGCUGGGGCAGGAGAAGGCUCCCAAGCCCAUGCCAUGGAGGGAAUGAUGGGUCUCUGAUUUCCUGAUAUCAGGCCUGAUGGUAGCCAUGGACUUCCAGCAAGCAAAAAGCCUUCCAGCUGUGUUUGGUAGGCAAACUGAGAGAUGUUGUAGAUCAGGCAGUGAACAUCCCCAUGUUCAUUGUUCUCCCAUGGUACCAUGUUCUGCUUCUGCAGUGCUACAGUGUGGUGCUGUGCAUUCUGGCCUCUGGUUCUCUCCAUCUGCUGGAUGAGGCGAAGUCCUCCCCAUUCUUGCACCCAGCAAUGAGGGAUGGAGGACCCAGGCCUGGAGGGAGGCACUAGCUGUGAUGGCAUGAUAUGGGGCAGGAGGGUUUGGGAAUGCGAAUGUCCUCUUUGCAACCCUGUUCUGGGGCAUCAGCCUUCAGCAUCAUGGGAGUGUGACACCUUCUGGCUCUGUGUGACAAGUAGGCAGCUGUGUGAUGGGUGGGGUGUGGGUGUUACUGCCCCAAACCAUCCCUGCUCCCUCUAGCUUUCCCAGCUCCUUGACUUCUCCUUUUCUGUGCCAUGUUUUGUGUAACUCCCAAGAGAACUGAACUAGUUUGUGUGC